AUGGAUCGCGCAGACGGGAGAUUAGCUAGUACUCUACGGCCACUUUCUUGUGAACUUGGCACCUUACACAAUGCCGACGGGUCCGCCUUAUGGAAGUCUGGAUCGACGCAGGUCCUGGCGGCCGUCCAUGGACCUGUGGCUCCACGUCAACCUCAACAUGAGACUCAAAAAGCAAAAAUUUCAAUAAUCAUAAAGUCAGGGACGACAGUGAAUACGCUGGAACGCGAAUGGGAAGCCUUCAUAACCAAAGCGCUGACGGCAUGUCUGGUCACUGAGCAAUACCCCCGCAGUGUGAUCCAGAUUGUUCUGCAGAUUCUUUCGGCAGAUGGGUCUGUCCUUGGGGCUGCGCUGAAUGGGGCGGUAGCUGCCUUGAUGGACGCUGGAAUAGCAAUGAAAGUCUUGCCCGUUGCUGUGACAUGC